GCUACGACUGCAUCACCAAAGUAAUUUCUCCUUAUGGACGUCCGAAGAAAGCAAGCCCCUCCUUCACACCGUUGAAAUACAAUUUCGUGGCCCGCAACUGCCCCUGUUAUCAAACCAUGCCUUCUGGUCUUUGCUUCACAUUUACUUCUUUCAUCACGCAAUGAUGCCUACAUCGCAGCACAACCUCUUUCUUGUCUUGGAACUCUUCGUAGUCCUGGCGAGGUGCGCCAACCUGAACUACAGUGGAGAAGCGCUCACGACUCGUUACUGGGACUGUUGCAAACCGUCAUGUGGAUGGAAAGGCAAAGCGUCGGUGAAUAACCCUGUGGGAUCCUGCUCAGCAGACGGAAACCCGAUCAGCAUCGAUGCUGGCACCGGCUGCAAUGGCGGUACUGCGUUCGCCUGUUCGCAGCAACAGCCCUGGGCUAUUAAUGACACACUCUCAUAUGGUUUCGCAGGCGUCUACCUGACCAAGGCGCUUGUGGGUGGUUCGAUUGAAGACGCAUGGUGCUGCGCAUGCUACCAGCUUGACUUUACAAGUGAGCCCUUAAGAGGGAAAAGGAUGAUUGUGCAAGCAUCCAAUACUGCCUACGACGUCAACACAAUAAAUCGAUUCACAUUAGCGGUACCUGGCGGCAACACGACUUCGGCUGAUGGAUGCGCGACACAGUAUGGCGUUUCCCAAUCCGUUUUCGGCCAAGACCAUGAAGGCGUUGCCACGAAAGACGAUUGCAAAAACCUCCCCGAGUCGUUGCAAGCCGCUUGUCGGUGGCGUUUCGAUUGGCUGGAAGACGCCUCUUUUCCCAGCGCGAACUUCAAACGAGUUGUCUGUCCAAGCGAGAUUACAGCGAAGACAGGCUGUGUCCGCAAUGACGAAGUAACUCUUGCCGAACAGCUCUCCGGAAAUGCAACGACAGCAAAAAGCUCGUCAGCACACAUGACGCUGGCUUCACUCGGGGUCGCCCUUUCUGCCGCCGGCUUAGCUGCUUUGCUCUCAUUAUGAGUUUGACGAUCAUGUACCUACCCCAAUCUUUCGGACCGCGUACGAUCGCCCAAGUUUUGUACCCCUGUCACCCGCAAUAUGCAAUCAGGCCUCGACUGUCACCUGCUGACAUGCAGGUGUCGUUCGCCAGUAAUACCCCGUCACACCCACCAUUUGCGCGGAUGUAAGCCAAAGUUUCUUAAGAUAUUCAUCGUUCAGGACUUCAAAAGUCACCCUUCUCUCUGUCGAGAAUUUUGCAAAAGUCUUUCUCAGCAGCAAAGGCGCGCGGCUUUAGCGCAAUAUGCUCUCGGUAGUCGCUAUGUUUAAAGCUCGUGAGCAACAACAAUUUACACGCAUCC